UGCCAUAACUUUAGUAAAAACUUCCUUUGCAGAGUCUGUGAAUGCUUUCACCUUUUGCGAAUGAGGGAGGGUUAAUUCCACACCACGACAAUGAGAAUUUCUUAAGAAGUUAAAAUUUAAUCUAGAGAUGACGUGAGUGAGUGAAAAGUCAAGCAGAUACAAGGGUGAAUAGUUGAUGGCUAUACUUCUUUCUUUGCUCAACCUUUCUCUUGGAAACUUGAUCUUUAUAAAGUUUCUGACAUCGCCCAGACUAUGAAUACUAGGACACAGAAGCCUGACGUUCGGCCCUUAGUCCUCUUCUGACUCCGGUAGGGAACACCAGUACCUCAGUUUUUAAUUAGGUGUGGAAUUGCUACAGCUCUGGAGAAGAUGUUGGUGCUAAACUGUUCUACCAAAUUACUGAUGCUGGAGAAAAUGUUGAAGAGUCACUUUCCUGAAUCCCUCAAGGUUUAUGGAGCAGUGAUGAACAUAAAUCGUGGGAAUCCCUUUCAAAAGGAAGUGGUAUUGGAUUCAUGGCCAGACUUCAAAGCUGUGAUCACUCGGCGGCAGAAAGAGGCUGAGACAGAUAACCUGGACCAUUAUACUAAUGCCUAUGCUGUAUUCUACAAGGAUGUCAAAGCUUACCAAGGGCUGCUGGAAGAAUGCGAUGUUAUCAACUGGGACCAAGUUUUUCAAAUACAAGGGUUGCAGAGUGAGUUAUGUGAUGUUUCCAAAGCUAUUGCCCACUCAAAGCGGUUGGAUGUAAAGCUAACUUCCUUCCAGGCGGUGCAUUUUUCUCCUGUUUCAACUCUGCCAGACACCAGUUUUCUAAAGAGUUCUCCCCCACGACUAACCUACCUGAGCGUUGCUGAUGCUGAUCUGCUCAACCGGACGUGGUCGCGGGGCGGCAACGAGCAGUGUCUCCGGUACAUCGCCAACCUCAUCUCCUGCUUCCCCAGCGUGUGUGUCCGUGACGACAAGGGGAACCCCGUCUCUUGGUCUAUCACAGACCAGUUUGCCACCAUGUGCCACGGCUACACCCUGCCAGAGCAUCGCAGAAAAGGUUAUAGCCGGCUGGUGGCCCUCACCCUGGCCAGGAAGUUGCAAAGCCGGGGGUUCCCCUCUCAGGGCAAUGUCCUUGAUGACAACGCAGCAUCGAUAGGCCUCCUGAAAAGCAUCCAUGCUGAGUUCUUGCCUUGUCGUUUUCAUAGGCUUAUUCUCACCCCUGCAGCUUUCUCUGGCCGAGUUCACCUCUAGCCCAGUAAGACUCCAAGAAUUCUCUUCCUGUCCCUGAACAUACUCAUAUUCUUUAGCUGCAAAUGAAGAGAACAUUAAAACGGGGAUCAGGAGAAUCCUGGGCUGUUGAAAAGGGCCUGGAGAAGACAUGCAGGAUCAACCUGAGAAGUCCUAACUCUCCCUGUCUUAGGAAGACACUGCAGGGAGUCACUGCAGGGCAGGUGGCAACACAAGAUAGCUGAGUCUCUCCCCCACUGUCCCUCAUUCUGUAAGUCUGGGGUAGGGCCUGAGAAUUUACAUGUCUAACCAAUUCCCACUGCUCGGUUGCCUUGGAUGGAGGAAUGAAGAUAUGGGCGUUUUAAAUACUAGAAAUAGAUGAUAUCAACCUAGGACUGCACCUUCCCUGUCACCUAGUCCAACCUCUUUGCUUAUAAUUUGCUUUCUCAUAAGAAACUAAGAUGCAUAUAUAGAUGCGAUAUGCAGAUGCACAUAUAAACAUACAUAAGUAAACACACAUCCUUUUCAUAUUUUCUAUAUGUAUGUAAACGCAUAGAAUUUUGUUAAGAUAAUAAACUUUAAUUCUCUCAGUACGUAUGAAGAAUCUGAGGACCAAGGUAAAUAAAUGACUUCAAGAUUACAUAGAUAAUCAGAGCUGGAGGCUGAGCCAGGAUGCUAUCACUUUGAUUUCAAUUUUUUUUUCCCACUAAAUCAUGUAUCUUUUUUGUAAAGGAAAUUUAAAUGCUUAAGUAGUUAAAUCAAUACAUUCAUUAGUCUUU